ACUGUCAAUUAUCCAAGUGUUAACUUUUAAUUUAUUCAUUUCAACAUUUUGAAAUGGAUAAACGCGAGUUAUUUGUACUUGCUAUGCAGCAUAUUGGGAAUAUUAUAUUUUCCUCCUCGUCUGAGGAAAGUGACAAUGAUCGUGAAAUGUUAGAGCUGGCAGUCUGUGUGACCGAUAGAAAAGAAGUAUAGAUUUUAUGUUAGCCGAUCCUCUGCAUUGAAAGCUGUAAGAAGAGUUACUCAUUCUUUGCCAAAUUUGGCUCCACAGUUUAUUGUUUGGCCAGACACAGCUAAAUAUGUCGAUAUUCAUGUCUAAAAUUUAUAAAAUUUAAAAUUAAAAACUACGACAAAUUAAUGAUUAUAUGUGAACAUUGUAUAUGAUCUGUGUUAAUACUUCAUAAUUCUAACGACGAAUGCGUCAAUACGUCUUGUAUUUUACCUACCACUUUAUGAAUUUGAUGGACUACAAUUUGAUGUAACUGCAUGCAAUUCAUGAGUAUUUAAAAUAACGAAUAUUCAGUUAUCACAUAAUUGAAAUCUAAACAAAUCUCCUCACUAAAGAUUAAAUACGGUCUGAUUCAAGAUUCAAGAUUCAUACGUCCUCAAUCACCGUGCCUCGCUUGUUAGUCAAGACGUAUUGUAUACCCGUUCACUUAUCCAAAGUCGCAAAACAACUGUUUCGAAUGAGGAAACCGAUAAAAUAAAGUGUCAAUAAAAGGCAAUAGUAAGUUUUUACACAACAUGAAAGUAAGUUGCUAUCAAGCGUUGAUAAGGAAAACAUAUUGCGUGCUGGCAGGACACCUUCGGACAUGCCCUGUAAGAUGGAUGGAGAAAUUUCAAAACCUGAAAAGUCGUUUGACGGUACUGUAGAAAGAUUUAAAGAUACAUCUUCUGGUGCUAAAAUGGAUUUAUCGUUGAACUUGAAAUUCUUUUCUGAAUAACCAUCUUCUGAAGGUUGCUGAAAAAAAUUUAGAAGCGAUGCAUGAAUGAAAAGUUCUAUUAGAAUUAUUGAAAGAUUGUCGACAAAUAAAAACAAAAGUUACUGCUUUAAGAAAUCUGAAUUUAUUGCUCAAGUUAUUGCUUAACGAAACUACUCAUCAAUUAACCAAAUUUAAGUUGAUUACAAUACAUUAUAUACAAUCAAUAAAGAUGGGUCAAUUUGAAAGUACAAAUCGCACAUACAACAGCAAUGAUGAGCUUAUUAUUGCAUUAAUUAAGAGAAAGUAUAUACACUCAAUUAAUGUGGAAAAAUUGUUUACAAGUGUCAACCAAGGAUUGUAUUAUAUCAAUGAUAAUAAAGUAAACGCCUAUAAAGACACGGACUGGCAAUUGGGAGAUGUUCAUUUAUCUUCACCAAGAGAUUAUGCUACUGUUUUAUAAUGUUUGGAUCUCCACAAGGGUCAUAAGUUUUUAAACAUUGGUUCUGGAAUAGGGUAUUUUAGUACUCUAGCCGGCCUUUUAUUGGGUGUUAAUGGAGUUAACCAUGGCAUUGAAAUUCAUAGUUCCUCGAUAGAUAUUGCAUAUCAAAAGUUGGAAGUAUUUAAACAAAAUUCUGCAGCAAUUGAUUAUUUUGAAUUUUUUGAACCAGUAUUCAUCAAAGUGAGAAAUGCGUGACAUAAUGAUUAAUACAAAAUAUUACUAAAACAAUAUAAAAAAUAAAACGCGAAGACCAAACAUCAGCUACUGCAGUCGAAUCUCCUGUGACACAAGUAGAGAGUAUGGAUGAACAAAAACACGAAGACCAAACAUCAGUUGCAGUCGAAUAUCCUGUGUUACAAGUAGAGAGUAUGGAUGAACAAAAACACGAAGACCAAACAUCAGUUGCAGUCGAAUAUCCUGUUUUACAAGUAGAGAGUAUGGAUGAACAAAAACACGAAGACCAAACAUCAGUUGCAGUCGAAUAUCCUGUGUUACAAGUAGAGAGUAUGGAUGAACAAAAACACGAAGACCAAACAUCAGUUGCAGUCAAAUCUCCUGUGACCCAAGUAGAGAGUAUUGAUGAACAAAAACACGAAGACCAAACAUCAGCUGCAAUCAAAUCUCCUGUGACACAAGAGUCAAUUAUUGUUAAACCAAUUGAAGACUUGGAUAUUAAACUACAUGAAGUAUCUUCAGGUUGCUCAUUUUCUUUAAUAACGGACUCAAAACAUUUGGACGCCAAAUUGAUGUUGUAUCCUGCUUAUCCAACACAGUCUUGUUACAAUACACAGAAGUAGGUAGAUUUAAUGACAGAAUCGCACCUUUAUACAAUAAUCUGCA